GGUCACCGCCGCCGGCCGAUAAGGGGGCGGGUCCUGGGAGGCUGGGGAUGGGGAGCGGGCGGCGGAGGCGGCGGCGGGGACGGAUCCCGGAGCGCCGAGGCCAGUGCUGGACAUUUCUCCACCAUGCUGGCAUUUUAAAUAUCUGUCAACUUCCUAACAUUUUAACGGAAGGAAACCCCUGAUACUUUGUGCCUGACGACUAAAGUGCAGCCACCAAUUACCAGGACUUUCAGGAUGAAUCUGGAAAAACUCAGCAAGCCUGAACUCCUGACACUGUUCAGUAUUCUUGAAGGAGAACUUGAAGCAAGGGACCUUGUGAUAGAAGCGUUAAAGGCUCAACACAGAGAUACUUUCAUCGAAGAACGCUAUGGGAAAUACAACAUCAGUGACCCUCUGAUGGCUCUUCAGAGAGACUUUGAAGCACUAAAGGAGAAGAAUGAUAGCGAGAAGCAGCCAGUGUGCACAAACCCCCUCUCCAUCCUCAAGGUGGUGAUGAAGCAGUGCAAGAACACGCAGGAGCGCAUGCUGUCCCAGCUGGCAGCUGCCGAGAGCAGGCACCGCAAGGUGAUCCUUGACCUUGAAGAGGAAAGACAGAGGCAUGCGCAGGACACAGCCGAAGGAGAUGACGUCACCUACAUGCUGGAGAAGGAGAGGGAGAGACUGACCCAACAGUUGGAAUUUGAAAAGUCACAAGUGAAAAAGUUGGAGAAGGAACAAAAGAAGCUGUGUAGUCAGUUGGAAGAGGAGCGCUCCCGCCACAAGCAGCUCUCAUCCAUGCUGGUGCUUGAGUGCAAGAAGGCCACCAGCAAGGCGGCCGAGGAAGGGCAGAAGGCAGGAGAGCUGAGCCUCAAACUGGAGAAGGAGAAGAGCCGGGCGAGCAAGCUGGAGGAAGAGCUGGCCACUGAGAGGAAGCGGGGUCUGCAGACGGAGGCCCAGGUGGAGAAGCAGUUGUCUGAGUUCGAUAUAGAGAGGGAGCAGCUGAGAGCCAAGCUGAACCGAGAGGAGAACCGGACCAGAGCCCUGAAGGAGGAGAUGGAAAGCUUGAAGAAGCUGGUGAGAGACCUGGAGGCAGCGCAGCGGCACAGCAGCCCUGGGGAGCAGUGCAAGGAGCCGGUGAGCACGCUCAGAGGCACCGCCACAGAGUCCCCCGUGCGAGUGUCCGUGUCCUGCCAGACAGAGAGCAUUCAGAUAGAAAGAGGCCACGGCAGCGUCGUAGCCAAGCUGACAGACACUGGUCUCCCGGGUCCCACCACUCCUACUUACUCCUAUGCAAAAGCUAAUGGCCACUGUGACCCGGAAACACAAACUACCAGGGACUUGACCUCAGGCAGCAGCACAGAAAACCAAGGGCCUCCACGAGAGAAAUCUGCGCUGUCGUCCCAGGAGAAACCAGUGGAGAAUGGUGGGGGUCCUGUAGGGACUGAGACUCCAGCCACAAUAAGCAGUCACCUCCCUUCCAGCGGCAGCUCACUGUCUCCCAGCAGUACUGCCUCCUCCUCUCUGACGUCAUCUCCCUGCUCUUCACCAGUCCUAACCAAGCGUCUCCUGGGGUCGUCAGUCAGCAGCCCCGGCUACCAGUCUUCCUACCAAGUAGGGAUCAACCAGCGGUUCCACGCAGCUCGGCACAAAUUUCAGUCCCAAGCUGAUCAAGAUCAGCAAGCUAGUGGUCUCCAGAGCCCUCCGUCCAGGGACCUGUCCCCUACCCUGUUAGACAACUCUGCUGCCAAGCAGCUGGCCCGAAACACGGUCACUCAGGUGCUCUCCAGAUUCACUAACCAAGGGCCCAUCAAGCCAGUCUCUCCCAACAGCUCUCCCUUCGGGACAGACUACCGAAAUCUGGCCAGUACUGCCAACCCACGAGGUGACACCAGCCAUUCACCAACGCCAGGGAAAGUGUCCAGCCCCCUGAGCCCCCUCUCUCCGGGAAUCAAGUCCCCAACCAUCCCCAGAGCCGAGAGGGGAAACCCGCCACCGAUCCCACCCAAAAAGCCUGGCCUCGCCCCUUCCCAGUCUGCCGCCACUCCAGUGACCAAGUCUCAUUCCCAGGCAGCCUCGCUGAGCACCGCGGAAGACCUCGCCAGCAGCUGCUCCCCAAGCGCCGCGGUGGCUAACGGCAAAGAUGUUGAGAUACUUUUGCCUACCAGCAGCUAGUCCCUAAGAACAGGUCUCCACGUUUGACAUUCCACCAGAUUCCGUCCAGGAGCUCAGAGUUAAACCUUGGGGCCAGAUCAUGUUAUUUAUUUUGAUAAUAGCGACAGCCGUCUGUAUGAUACAUUCAGUGUAUGUACCUUUUUGUAUUUUUUUUUUUAAGUAGAAACUGAGUACUUCGGAUUUUUAAGACUCGCCUCUUUGUACUAAGCUAGAAGGGGACCUCACAGACAUACGUCGAAAAGCCCAGCAGUCGCCAAGUGUCGUGAAAGCUAACUGAGAGCCAGGUGGCAGUCCGCUGUCAAUUUGGGAACUAGAAUUACUCAGCACCCAUUUCAAAGUAUGCAGAAGCAGUUCGCGCAGGUUUUUAUUCCAGAUGAACAUGUCUUAAAAAGUGCCUGAAAUCAGACCGCCACGUGAGUGUGAUUCUGUGGCAGAAACAAAAGACAGAGCAUUUAUUGCAGAAAAUGAGAUCCCCUGUGAAUCUGAAUGUCAAAAAACCAACACUGCUUUUAAUCCUCUCUGACUGUGUUUAAUGCCAGCUUUGUGUCCUGAACUGAGGUUUGCAUAAGUAGAAAUCCUUCUAAAGGGACAUGGACUCUGUCGGGCUGAGCUCUUUAAAGCCUUUGGGACGCCCUUCCGAGCACUAAACAGUUGGGUGCUGAUUUUCUUGUACUUUUGAAAAAUUAAGUCAUUCUCAGUUUCCUGCAUCAGUUCUUGAACAGUGAAAUCACGUCUCCAUUCCAAACCAUCUUCAAGCACCGGCCAUGGGAACUUCCAAUUCUGGUUGCUUUUACUUGAAUAGGAAUAAUGAGCUCUUUAUUCUGUAAUCAAAAAGCAAUAACUUAAAAGUCACUCUUUGUGAUACUGUAAGUCAGAAUUAUACAGAUUUUACCAAAUUGUUACAUUUAUUCUCCAUGCUGCCAGCACUUGUAUCUGUGGAACCAAAUUAACUUCUGCCCAGAUGGAAGUAUACCUACCUAUAUCUGUAUAGAUCCAUGCCCCUUUUAUGUGUUCAGCAUUCACACACUUAAGCACAUAAAUAUUCGUGUGAUUGUAUCUUGGGAGUCUGCAAAUAGAAUCGCAUGUUAAGAUUACCUACCAAAGUAACUGGAUGUGGCUUGGAGCCAGUUAGUCAACAGAGAGGAACCCGUGUCACCGGGAAGUGGCCAAUCCCAAAUGAAGCCCAAAUCAUCAGCUCCAUAGCCAGGCACCACUAAACUAGUCCUAGUGACACAGAACUCAGCAGGCCACAUAAGUGAGGGAGACAACACACUACACUCCCUCCAGUGCUGUCUACUAGUUUGGAGUAGCAGGAGCUGUAGCAAGCUGUAAUGUCCCAGCCCGUGCAAUAGGGCCCAGCUGCUGCCAUGCCAAACUUCCAGACCAAAGUUACAAGUUCUCAAGCUCUCAUGCAAUUCAGAUUCCCACAAGAAAAUUCUUGUUCAAAAAUAUUUCCAUUUUUUAAAUACCAGGAACUGAUGGAAAAUGUUUUUAAACACUUCUGAUUAGACAAACAUGGCUGCAGCCGAGUUCAGCUUGCAAGCCACUCAGCUGCAGCCUCAUCCAUCCUAGGAUUUCCGCUGUUUCCCUCCUAGAGAGUAUGUAUAGGCAGAAGCUUCCAGGCUUCUCUGCUGUGUCAGCUACGUCUGACCAAGUCCACAGAGCAGGACAGGCCCCUCUUGUUAAGCAGAACUUCAAACAGACCAGCUCGUGACACUGCUUACAGUUUUGUAUGCAGAGUUGGAGAGAGGAAGGCCUUGGUAUCUUUACGUACAUUGUUCUAGCCAGGCUGUAUCCAGAAGCCACUGGCGGGCUGAGCCAUUUUAUCGGGAAGGGGAAUGAGUGACACAGUGACCGCUCGAUCGUGUGUUUUAAAAACCAAAGGAGUCAGUGAACCCAUCCAGGUUUGAUAACUCACAAGGAAUUAAACAUUCGUUUUCUUUAGAACCAUAGAGCUGGGGGGGGGUCUUCCCAAUAAUUUAGUUGUUAGUAACUUUUUAAUUAUAUUUUAUUAACCCGUUGAGUCAGUGGCUAGGAGGCGGGUAAUAAAAAUCUUGGUGGGCGAGUCAAGAGCUUAGUACGCUGUUGACUCUACAGCUUCUAGUUUGAAUGAUUAAAUGCGUGACAUGGCUGAUGUCCUAGGGCGUCUACCAAAAUGGUGGAGGCAUGUGAAACUGCCCACAGCAAUCCUGCAUUGAAUUUAUUCCUACUGUGGAGCCGAAACAGAACAGUGAUGGUCAAAAGCUGAACCUUCUAAUCAGGAGACUCCAGUGCCAGAGUACUUGCCACACUCUUGCUUUAAAUGGUAAUCUUAAGAGUUGCGUUGUGCUCUUCCUCUGUUUGGAGAUAGAUAUAUAGAUAUAUAUAAAGAGAGAAAUACUAUAAGGAAGUUUAUUUCUUAGGAGGUGCACUGAACAAUAUUUCUUUUACAGUGUAAUAUGGGGGUGGGGAUAUGCAAAAAGAAAUGGGUAUUUUUGCUAGUUGCCUAUCUUCCGAGAUACCAAGCAAAAUCCUGAAAUGGAUCCACUAAUUCAGCUAGAUAUUAUAGAUAAGUAUUUAAGUUUGCAAUAGCUUGUGAGUGUGUGUGCUAAGUAAAAGUUCCAGGAUUCACAAUUUGGGUGUUAACCCAUGUCAGAAAAAUCUGUUCUUGGUCAGCAGAAUCUAAAGAUGUGCAAGUGUAACACAAGCAUUAACAAGUCAUUAACAUUUGUAAGGCCAAAUGUGCCGUGCAGAGGUCUUCAUUUUUAUAGCAGACUACAUUAAAACCAAGUUGAAUCACA